UCGCGGUGCGUUUGGGACCGUGAUGUCGGGACGCGGCAAGCAAGGCGGCAAGGCUCGCGCCAAGGCCAAGACGCGCUCGUCGCGGGCCGGCCUGCAGUUCCCGGUGGGCCGCGUCCACCGCCUGCUCCGCAAGGGCAACUACGCCGAGCGGGUCGGGGCCGGCGCGCCCGUGUACCUGGCGGCCGUGCUCGAGUACCUGACGGCCGAGAUCCUGGAGCUGGCGGGCAACGCGGCGCGCGACAACAAGAAGACGCGCAUCAUCCCGCGCCACCUGCAGCUGGCCAUCCGCAACGACGAGGAGCUCAACAAGCUGCUGGGCCGCGUGACCAUCGCGCAGGGCGGCGUCCUGCCCAACAUCCAGGCCGUGCUGCUCCCCAAGAAGACCGAGAGCCACCACAAGGCCAAGGGCAAAUAAGGUCUCAGUUCAGAUACCAGUCUUUAGGAACCAAAGGCUCUUUUCAGAGCCACCCACCACUUCUGAGGAAGAACUUAACACUCUUGGAUGUAAAGAACACGAAAUAACUGGUCUCCUUUUUGACGUGACCAA